GUCAAAGGCUGGACUCGGUUUAGAACAAUAAGAUUAGUUCGAACGAAAGAAGGACAAUGCAUUCUCUUUGAUCAUAUUGGGUAGAGCAUACAGGUAAUAUAAUAUAACAGUAAGUGUUGAUACCCGAUUUGCAGAUUAAGAGCUCACCACUUCGGCCCGACUUCCCACCUAUUCCUGGAUCUAGAGAGCUGCAGGUUGUCUAGGUUGCGUUCUCGCAUCGAUCUCGAUUCUCUAGCGAAGAGAUAUCUCGGGAAUCGUGCAGUAGACUGCCACCUACUCCGGGAUACUUGGCCAGUCCAAGCCCGAGUGCAGAUAGCGGAGGAGAUAUUGCCUCAAGUAGGACCGCGUAUCGCGGGUGGUAUCGGUAUAUGGAAGAGCCGGUGGGAAAACCGUUCGUAGCUUCUCCUACGGCGUACCAGGCGUGGGAGGAGAGAAAGCUGGCAUUUCCGCGCGAGAUCUUAUCGAUGAUACUAUCCAGGGCGAUGGAUUCGCAGCCUAGGUGCGCUCUGAGCAUUCUCGCACCCGAGUGGGAUAUGUGCAAUCAGGAAACCCCUGCCGCAACGGAGGGCAUGAGGAUUCUGACUUACACUCGGGGUGCUGAAGGCGAAGUCGGCACCUUCUCGGCGACGACAGGACACGGGGACGCCGACCAUAUCUUUGUGCCCAUGCGUCAUCUCGAUAGUAGCAUCAUGGGCAUCGACCAGUUUUCGCGGGACGAAUGUACGAGGUUAUUCUUUCUAGAGAGCACACAGGUGUUCCAAUUCACCGCAGGGGGCCUCCCCGCGGAUAUCAAGGACCAAUCUUUCCUCGAGCGCUGGAGAGACGUCUUUCCGCUCCGUGGGAAGCGCAUGCGGGACAUCCUGCCGUUCGACGACGAGCCCACGGAUGCCCCCAAACUGAAGGUUCCAGGCGGUACGUCCCCCCGGUUUAAGCUGCUACGGCACCUCGUGGUCAACUCACCACUGUCUCUGCUCAAGGUCAACUCGCACACCAUGGCCGAGCACGAGACAGGAAUCAGCGACGAGACUCUCACAGCGCUCGACAUGGCGAUCGACCUGGAUCGUGCGUCGCAUCUGUGGCUGUCGUGGUCUCAGAUGCCGAUGCUCGAGAGCGUCCUGCUAGACCUGCGCAUCUACGGCCAACACCUGAACACGACGCACGGGUGCCUCAGCAGGGACAGCGUCAAGAAGCAGGCGGUCGAGAUGGGCAGGUGGCUGCGAUUGAAGCUGCUCGUCAUCGCCGGCUUACAGAGCUACAUCCUCGAGACAGACCUGGCGCCUUGCACGGCGGCGCAGGUGGAAGAAGAGGACGAGUUUCACGGAGAUCCCAACUGGGUCAAAAUCUUCAUGCCUGCGUUGCGGCCAGGAGGUAAGUUAGUUCUCGCGGAUCGUUUGGAUGACGAGGCGACCCCGAUGGGUGACCUAGUCUGCGAGGUAAGUGAGUACUAGGCAGCGGCAGGACACGACGAUGCCGCAGGAUGUCGCAGAGAGAGACGAAUGCCUUGUUCUACCUAGGUAGGUGGGUAAUUUUUUCAACGUGCCUAUGAUGAUAUCG